AGAAUUGCUGCUGGGUGCUGGCCGUUGCGGGCGAACCGAAAAUCACGGGCGCGAGAGAUCGGAGCACGGCAUGUCGGAGGAGCAGUUCCUCGCCGUGGCGGUGGAAGCCGCCAAGAGCGCCGGCGAGAUUAUUCGCAAGGGAUUCUACCAGACCAAGAACGUCGAGCACAAGGGCCAGGUGGAUUUGGUGACGGAGACGGACAAGGCCUGCGAGGACCUCAUCUUCAACCACCUCCGGAAGCACUUCCCGGACCACAAGUUCAUCGGGGAGGAGGAGUCCGCGGCGCUCGGGGCCACCGCUGACCUCACCGACGACCCCACCUGGAUCGUCGAUCCCCUCGACGGGACCACUAAUUUCGUCCAUGGUUUCCCAUUUGUAUGUGUCUCCGUUGGCCUCACCAUUGGGAAAAUUCCCACUGUCGGAGUCGUCUUCAACCCCAUCAUGAACGAGCUUUUCACGGCGGUUCGUGGAAAAGGGGCUUUCCUGAAUGGCUCUCCAAUUAAAGCAUCAUCUCAAGAUGAGUUAGUGAAGGCUCUUCUGGUAACAGAGGCUGGAACCAAUAGAGACAAGACCACUGUGGAUGAUACAACCAACAGAAUCAACAGGCUACUAUACAAGAUUCGAUCCAUACGGAUGUGUGGAUCAUUGGCUUUAAACAUGUGUGGAGUUGCCUGUGGUAGACUAGAUUUGUGUUAUGAGAUAGGAUUUGGUGGUCCAUGGGAUGUUGCUGCUGGUGCUGUAAUUCUUCAGGAAGCCGGUGGCCUUGUUUUUGACCCAAGCGGCGGAGAGUUUGAUUUGAUGUCGCGAAGAAUGGCAGGAUCAAACAGCUUGCUGAAGGAUAAGUUCGUCAAGGAACUGGGGGAUACUAAUUGAAACAAAUGUUAGUAUUAUUCGUGGAACAGAUUAAGACAAUAAGGUUGCCCCGCCGCAUGGUGAUUAACUUAUUGUUUGGGCAACAAAAUUCCAUGUAAUUCUGCACCUGUACAACUAUGUUGGACGCAGAACAUUUUAUUGAGUUUUGUGAUUACAU